AUGCUCAGACUUCUAGCACUUAUAUUUUUCACAGUUUUAUUCUCAUUUUCAAAGGGCCAACAAUGUGAAAAGCAAGACAUUACCUUGAUGAAGAAGGACAUUUUAGAAGGAGUGAAUUCAAAAAUAAAAAUAUUGGCGUCCCAGUUGAAAAAACAGGAUAGGAAGUUGACGAACCAGAUUAAGCAGUUGAAUGAAAAAAUGGCAGAUGGCGCUGAGAGAUGCCCAUCCACUACAACAUGUACUAAAUCACAGGCCACAAUUCAAGAAGAAUUAAUAGUUUUGGUCACGGACUACGGAAACCUUGUGAAGGCCGGAAAAUAUGACGAAGCUAUUAAGUUUUGGACUGAAGACAGCCUUCUUGAUGUUGGUAGCAACUUAAAGAUGAAAGGUAGAGAUGAAAUUAAUGAAGGCCUAAAGCACAUUGUUGAGAAGGGCAUUUACAUGAAGGUUACCCUUGAACACUUUGAAGGAAACUGCAGAUAUCAAGUAACAACUGGAGACGUUGACUUUUACAUGCGUCACAAAGAUGGCACCACAAGUCUCAUUGCUCCUGCAAGGAUUAUGAUUUAUUUUAAAUUCAACGACUCAACAAACAAAUGGCAGUAUCAUUAUGAACUCAACACGAGGCAGACUGAAGAUGGGUAAAGACGUGAACACCGGCACUACUCAAUAGUACUCAACACUGUAUUUAAACUAUAUGC